CCCAUUCAGAGCGGCCGCAAGAGGAGCGGCGCCGAUCCGUGGCCAGCAGGGCGAGGGGCGCCCCCUGAGACUGGCUUUCCUGGGGAUUCCGGCGGGCGGAGCAGCAACGGCGGCGGCGGCAGGAUCGGCGGGCACCGGCUCUUCGGGAGGGAAAAUGCUUUCGCUUUUCUACCUGUGCCUCUGGGCUGGAAUCGCCCGCGCCUUCAACCUGGACACUGACAACGUCGUCAAAUGGGGCGGCGAGCCCGGCAGCCUUUUCGGAUUCUCCCUCGCCAUGCAUCAGCAGCUGAACCCCAACAAGAGGCUCUUGCUGGUUGGUGCACCUCGGCAAAAGGCUUUCCCAUUGCAACAAGCUAACAGAACCGGAGGUUUGUUCAGCUGCAACAUCGAAACUCCAGAACUUCCCUGCAAACGUAUCAAAUUUGAUGAGACAGCUGACCCAAAAAAAGAAAGCAAAGAAGAUCAGUGGAUGGGUGUAACUGUGCAAAGUCAGGGGCCAGGUGGAAAAAUUGUGACCUGUGCACACCGCUAUGAGAAAAGGUACUAUGUCAACACGGAACAGGAAACCCGAGACAUCAUUGGGAGAUGCUACGUGCUGAGUCAGGAUCUUUCCAUUUCCGCCGAUGAGUAUAUGGAUGGUGGGGAAUGGAGUUUCUGUGACGGCCGAUUGAGGGGCCAUGAGAAAUUUGGCUCCUGCCAGCAAGGUGUUGCAGCCACAUUUACCAGAGAUAAUCAUUACAUUGUAUUUGGUGCACCAGGGACCUAUAACUGGAAAGGCGUGGUGCGUGCAGAGCAAAAGAAUCACACCCUUGAUGAAAUGGGCAUCUUUGAUGAUGGGCCUUAUGAAGUUGGGGGUGAAAGCCUGCGAAAGGAGUCCAUGGUUCCGGUUCCUGCUAACAGUUAUUUAGGGUUUUCUCUGGACUCUGGAAAAGGGAUCAUCUCUCAGGAGGAGGUCACUUUUGUUUCUGGUGCCCCGAGAGCCAACCAUAGUGGAGCUGUGGUCCUUCUGAAAAAAGACAGUGACAUCCAGCGGACCUUGUCCUCAGUACACAUAUUUGAAGGCGAGGGGCUGGCCUCUUCCUUCGGCUAUGAUGUGGCUGUAGUGGACCUCAACCACGAUGGUUGGCAAGAUAUUGUGGUUGGAGCUCCACAGUAUUUUGACAGAGAUGGAGAAAUUGGUGGUGCUGUCUAUGUGUAUAUUAAUCAGGAAGGCAAAUGGGACAGAGUACACCCAAUCCGCCUCAAUGGAUCCAAAGACUCCAUGUUUGGGAUUGCAGUUGAAAACAUUGGUGACGUUAAUAAAGACGGCUUUUCAGAUAUUGCUGUGGGGGCUCCUUAUGAUGGAGAGUUUGGCAGGGUGUAUCUCUAUCAUGGCUCCAGGAAUGGGAUAAACACAAAACCAGCACAGAUUCUUGAUGGCGCGACAAAUAAUGUCAUAUUCUUUGGGUACUCUAUCACUGGAAAUAUGGAUCUUGAUGGAAACGCUUACCCUGACAUUGCUGUUGGAUCUCUUUCAGAUACUGUUUCAGUUUACAGAUCAAGGCCUGUGAUAAGCAUUAAGAAAUCCAUUAUGAUCUCUCCAGAGAAAAUUGAUCUGAAUGUGAGGAACUGUGAAGUGUCCAGUAACCUUUGCCUGAACAUUAGAUCAUGUUUUGAAUAUACAGCCAGCGAGAGUAGCUUCAAUCAAAAAAUAAUUUUGGACUAUACGUUUGAUGUAGAACAUGAGAGGAGGCGAUUAGGCUUGCCAGCAAGAGUGCAUUUUUCUAACCCUCGCUCUGUUUCAUUAAACGGAACUGUAACUCUCGAAAUACAGCAGAUGGAAAAGUGUGUGACUAAGAGGCUCGAAUUAGAGGAAAAAAUCAAAGAUAAAUUACGUCCAAUUCCUGUAUCUCUUAGCAUUGCAAUUCAUACCCCUGAGACCACCGAAAAACCCAGAAGACAAGGAAGGUCACUGCCAGAUCUUACUCCAAUUCUGAAUGCUAGUGAGCCCAACACAGUGCAUUCAGAAGUGCAGUUUCUGAAAGAAGGCUGUGGAUCAGACAACAUAUGCCACAGCAAUCUGAAGAUGCAUUACAAAUUUUGCACCAAAGAGGGAAACGACGAAAGAUAUGCCUAUUUCCCCAUGGAAAACAAUGUUCCAGUGCUUGUUCUCAAAGACCAGAAAGAUAUCGCCCUUGAAAUCACAGUGACCAACAGUCCUUCCAAUGCCAUGCACCCACUGAAAGAUGGCGAAGACGCUCAUGAAGCGAGACUUGUAGCAACCUUUCCCGACAGCUUGACUUAUUCUUCUCUCAGAAUAAAUCAAGCUUAUUUGGAAAAACCCAUUGCCUGUCGUCCUAAUUCAAAUGGCUCUCAAGUGGACUGUGAACUUGGAAAUCCUUUCAAAAGAAAUUCUACCGUUACCUUUUAUGUAAUUUUAAGUACAACCAAGGUUAAUGUCGAUACGAAGGAGCUGGAUAUCAAUCUGAAAUUGGAAACGACAAGCAAUCAGACUAAUUUGGAACCAAUUACUGCAAGAGCUAAAGUUGUUAUUGAACUGCUUUUAUCACUUACAGGGGUUGCUAAACCUUCCCAGGUGUAUUUUGGUGGUAAUAUCAACGGGGAAAGUGCAAUGAAAUCUGAAGAUGAGAUCGGUAGUUUAAUUGAAUAUGAAUUCAGGAUCACCAACUUAGGUAAACCACUGAAAACACUUGGUACAGCUUUCUUGGAAAUUAUGUGGCCGAAAGAACUGAGAGGAGGCAAGUGGUUGCUCUAUUUGGUUUCCAUUCAUUCGAAGGAAUUAGGAGAAUUACAGUGUACUCCUCAAAAUGAAAUAAACCUUUUGAAUGUUCAGCGGUCUCGAAAUUCUCGGAUAAAACGUGAAGUUGCAGAGAAGCAGACAGAUGGUAGCAAAAGCUUUUCUUUGUUUUCAGAAAGAAAAUCUAAGACAUUGGAAUGCAACGAAGAGGCAAACUGCGUCAACAUAACAUGUUCCUUGCAAGGCUUAGACAGUAAAGCCAUAGUAGUACUACGCUCAAGGUUGUGGAACAGCACUUUCCUAGAGGAAUUCUAUAAAAUGAAUUAUCUAGACAUUCUUGUUAGAGCUAGAAUUGGCCUCUCUGCUGCGGAUAACGUCAAGCUGACAAAUGAAGCUACGAAUGUUCGAGUUACCGUCUUUCCUGCAAAAACAGUAGCUUUAUAUUAUGGAGUUCCUUGGUGGAUCAUCUUGGUUGCUAUUCUCACUGGGUUAUUAAUGCUUGCUUUGUUGGUGUUCUUAUUGUGGAAGUGCGGGUUCUUCCAGCGUUCCAGGUACGAUGACAGCAUCCCCCGCUACCAUGCUGUAAGAAUUCGUAAGGAGGAAAGACAGAUUAAAGAUGGAAAAGCUAAAGAGAACCAUGCAAAAAAACAGUGGAUCACAAAAUGGAAUGGAAAUGAGAGUUUUUCCUAGGGAUCCCAGCUGAACUUAAAAAAAGAUUGAAUGGAUUUUAAGAUGUCUUUGAGCAACAUGAUGGAUGCAAGUGAAAACCUGUUUGUUUUAUAAAUGUUAUUUUCAUAUCAAAGUUGUUUGGUGUUACAGAUCUAAAUUUUAAGACACCCUAAACCAUCUUCUAUGCAUUAACUAAUCUCUAGUCUUUUGGGGGAAAAAAUGCAGUUAAAAUCCAAAUUAUCAACAUGGAAAGGGAUAGAUUUACUCUCUUUUUUUUUUGGUGAAAUGGAGCUAUAUGAAUUUUUCCCAGUUGGUUUUUUUUUUUUGGCUGCUUCCAGCUUAAUCUUGAGAGCUGCUUUUCAGGAAAAAAAAAUUAACACUCUGAAACUGGUUGUCUGGGCAAGGACAUCUGGCCAUGGUCUAAAAGAGAAGGGAAGCACCCUGAGAUGUGUGGUUUGUUGGAAUGCUCUUGGCAAAAUUUGACUGAACUACAAUUACUUGUUAUUUCCAGAGUCUGAAUUACGUGUUAGGUUAACAUUGUUCCUCUGAUCCCACCUUUCCUGCAUUGCUGAAACUUCUCUCACCAAAUGUUAGAUAGCAAGAUAAUUUCCCCCACAACGAAUAGACAUGUAUUUCAGUAUAUUUGCCUAUACUAUUUAAAUAUCAGAAGAGAAUACUAAGUAUUUUGUCAGGCAAAUUCUAUGGAACUGCAAAUGAGAUAGAAAUUAACGUAACCUAUCAUUCUUUCUCAUUUGUGGAUAGUUACUUGACUUUGAUUUUAUUUUUGUGGCAGAAUGCUUAAAUUAAAAUUGGGGGUUUCAAACUUGUCUGCCCAUCAAGAUACUAAGAUUUUUUCCUAUCUCCAAGCCCAGAAUAUGUUUAUUUUAAUCCCACUAAUUUCAUGGCUGACUGAUUAUUCAGGAGAGAUAUGGACAUAUGGACAGAAGUUAAUAAUUUACAUUAAUAGGACUAAACCAUGACAUUAAGAACUGGUUCUAACA